AUGAAUGGCUUGGUUGUGUCCCUUGACAAAGAAUUGAAGACAGUCAGGCGGGUAUGGGUUGUGGCGGAGAUUGGGCAGGCUCUUGAAAUGGAGAUUCCUGUUACCUACAAGGGGGAAAUCGCAUCUUGUUAUUUUGCGUGCGACAUUGAGUUCCCCAGGGUGGAAGAGUGUGAAGCUACAGAUAAGAAGGACAAGAGACGCAUCUUGAAGCAUAUCCAGGACACUGUAGGGACAAGGAAGUUCAAUGAGGACGUGUCAAAAUCCAUUUUUCAUGGUGUCCGCGUUGUGCAUAUCGGUCAUCGUAUGCAGCAGUUCGUCCACAACCAUGUUGUCGAUGUCCGUGGGAACAACGUCACGCACGUCGUGAAUGGAGGUAUCGGCAAGCGCAUUGCUGAGGCGCGAAAUAUUUGCGAGCACAAGGUAUCAAACUCUUCGCCGUCUGACCCACAUGGUUAUGCAUUGUCCAUUCAGAACUGUUUCGACAUGCUGCAGUUCCACAGGAUCGUGGCGGGGCUGUUUGACAUUGGCGUCCCUGUUACGAUCCAUGAAAUGGCCUCCCCGGCGUUCCGCUUCUUCCUCGAUGUGGAAGCUAACUAA